GAUUGGAGUGCGCUCCUCGCUCCGUCGUCUCCGUCGUCGGCUGAUCCUGUAAGGUUGAACCAGUUUAUUUUAUUCACUGCAGUGGGCCUUUCUUCAAGUGAGAGCAAUAUAAUUUGCACAGAUUUCCUAAAAUCAAACUUUUAAAUUGUGCUUUUUGUGGUGGAAUCGGAGAUACGUUCGUACGGUGUGUGCCUCUGUGUGAUUGAAUACAACGGUGAUAAUUACUGAACAGCAGGUUCUUAGCGAUUUCCCUUGUACGUGUCGGUACUUCAAGGAUAGUGCUCGGUUCUAAUGUGCCUUCAAGCUCUUGUACUGUGCUGAGUGAGAUGGAAUGCCAAGGAAAUAACUAGGUUCCAUAGGAUGUUUUCCGUCAUUACUUAAUUGGUACAACACAACUUUAACGCCCAAUGGAUUAGCCGUUUUCUCCGUCUUCAUUUGGUAGCUGCACUGCACAUUCGAGACUAUGGAACAGAAGACUAGGAUGGGUUAAAUGAAACCAACUUUGUCACACUUUUUAGUUUGUUUUAGAAGAUUAACGUAAGAUAGCGGUGGUCAAAUCCAUUAAGGAUGCCGACGGUUAUUUCGAAAUUUGCCAAACAAUCCUUCGACAAGCUCGAGGAGCUGGGCUGCUCCCGAGAACUGGUCUCGAAAGGCUUGGUGACCACUGCACUUCUAGCAUACUGUUUGAAAAUUUCCUAUCCUUACGUGAGACAACAGUUCGAUAACAGCCAGAAGGUAGCGGUGGCAACGAGUGAUAACGGUUUGAGUAGAAAUGAAAACAAUAACCUUACUAAAGUACAACCAGAAGAUCCGGAAGAGAAGAUCGAGAAGAUAAUUAUCGAGAAGAAACGACGGCGGAAAAAGUUGCCUGGCCUUAACCUCGAGUUCAUACUGCAGCUGAGAAAGCUUAUUCAGAUCAUGAUCCCGAGUGUACUCUGUGAGGAAACAGGUCUGCUGGCGGUGCAUACUGUGUGCCUCGUAUCGCGGACCUUCCUCAGCAUUUACGUUGCUGCGAUGGAGGGUGCCAUAGUGAAAUAUAUAGUGCGAAAGGAUGUGAAAAAUUUUGUACUGAUGCUGCUGAAAUGGUUCGGAAUAGCGAUACCGGCCACAUUCGUGAACUCCAUGAUCCGGUAUCUGGAGAACAAGUUGGCUGUGGCUUUCAGAACCCGCCUGGUCAAUCACGCCUACAGUUUGUACUUUAAGAAUCAGACGUACUACAAAGUGUCGAACCUGGACGGGCGCAUCGAAAACGCCGAUCACCGCCUAACCGACGACGUUUCGACCUUUUCGAGCUCGGUCGCUCACCUGUACAGCUCCCUGACGAAACCAUGCUUCGAUCUGAUGUUGAUUGGUAUUGCAAUGGCACGCUCGUCACGGAGAAUGAAAGCGAACAUCGUGAUGGGUCCGGCACUGGUAAUGAGUGUGAUAGGCGCGACGGCGCACAUUCUGCGGGUGGUGUCGCCCAAAUUCGGACAGCUCGUAUCGGAAGAGGCUAACCGCAAUGGUUAUCUACGCCACGUGCAUUCGAAAAUUAUCACGAACGCCGAGGAGAUCGCUUUUUACGGCGGACACAAGGUGGAACACGCACAACUUCGGGAUGCGUAUGCUCGUUUAGUAAAUCAGAUGAACACCAUCUUCACCCAGAAGCUUUGGUUCAUCAUGUUAGAACAAUUUUUUAUGAAAUACGUCUGGUCUGGCACCGGAAUGGUGAUGGUUUCAUUACCAAUUUUAACAACCAGUGGUCUUCCAAACGAUACGUCAAAAAGUAGUGCAAUUACCGCAAAUUCAGAGCUCGGUGUUAGUGAGAGAACUCAAUAUUUUACGACUGCUAGGAAUUUACUUUUAAGUGGAGCAGAUGCAAUCGAGCGUCUCAUGUCCUCUUACAAAGAAAUCGUUGCACUCGCAGGUUAUACUAGUCGAGUUGCUGGAAUGUUUGAAGUUUUUGACGAAGUUUCUCGAGGAAUUUAUCAGAAAACAAUAGUUACACCGGACCGGAAUAUCGGUGGGAUUCUGGAAUUCAAGGAUGGCCAACCCAUAGCUAAAGGCAAAAUUAUUUGCAACGAACAUGAGGGUGAAAUGACGAUAUCGCUCGACAGUGUGCCUGUGGUGACACCAAACUGCGACAUAGUGGUCUCUAGUUUAACGUUGACCAUAAUGCCGGGAAUGCAUUUACUGAUCACGGGCCCCAACGGUUGCGGCAAAUCCAGCUUAUUCCGUAUCCUGAGCGGCCUGUGGCCAAUAUACGCCGGAACGUUGCGUUUGCCCAAGCCUGCCAAAGGGAAACCUUGUAUGUUCUAUAUUCCUCAGCGUCCCUACAUGUCCUGCGGUAGCCUGCGGGAUCAGAUUAUCUAUCCGGAUACGCGGAAAGAAAUGUCCAAGAAAAACAUCACGGAAUAUCAGCUAAGAGAGAUAAUGCGAAUGGUCUCGCUAGAGCACAUCAUCGAUCGGGACAGUUUUGACGAAAUUCGUGACUGGAAGGAUACUUUAUCGGGAGGCGAGAAACAACGGAUGGCAAUGGCGAGGCUGUUCUAUCACAAGCCCCAAUAUGCCCUACUGGAUGAAUGCACCAGCGCUGUAUCGAUCGAUGUUGAAAGUUCAAUUUACGAAACUGCAAAAUCCAUGGGAAUCACACUGUUAACCAUAACCCAUAGGCCAACAUUAUGGAAAUUUCACACUCACAUCCUGGAAUUUGACGGCCAAGGCGGGUGGGUGUUCGAGCAGCUUGCCAAGGAUGCUCAGCAGCUGGUUCCUAACUCUAGACAAAAAAGCGUGUUUCAAAACCACAAACCCUUCACGGAGACGACGGAAAUGGUGAGCACGACAGCUUCGGCGUGAUUUGGAUGAUCACAACACGCACUCCCGCGCACCCCGUGCGCUCUGUUACGGUCCAUCACAAAACAUCGAGAUUAUCCAAAACAAUACCCAAUCUGUGACAAUUUUAGCAAAAUUUCCUAGCCUUAUAGAGUACUUUAGUGCAACGCAGGUGACAUAAUAGCUUAAUCUAGGGUACGUGCAGAGUUAUUGCGAUAUUAAAUUUUAACUAUAACAAAAGUAAUUCGUCGUACGUUGGUGGUCGCUGGCAUUCUGCACGCACGUGGCGGGGACAAGAAGUUCGUAGCUUUUAAGGAAUAAUCUAAUUGGAAAAAGGAAAGAUUUGUAGAUUGGAGUGUUUUUAAUAGGGUAGAACCCUUUGCUCCAGUUAUUCCUUUAUACUGUUGACAGAAGAUAGUCUUGCCUGAGUCGAUUAACCCACUUACUGUAAAGCUUUAUAACUGUGUAAGGUUAAUAAAAUUGUUUCCGAAUGCUUAUUAUCAAGAUUUUUUUAUCGGCGAUUAAAAUGCUUCAACUGAAAUAGAUUCUAAACUGAACAUUAGGAAACAUUUUGUUAAAUAUAGCCUGCGAACUCUUUGUCCACACUGCGUAUCGUAUAUUGUGUAUAAAUAUGAGACAGCAAAGGUUGGAUCAGUAGAAUCAAUAUAUACUGAUUAUACUGUUGGAUCGCAAUUUAGAUUGAAUUUGAAUGAUCGGUUCAGUGGUGGAGGACAUGCUUCAUUUAAUAGCGUGAAUACACGAAUUUAAACUUUUAGUCCUGUCAACAGAUAACAACAAUGCAGAAAUACUGCAGAGAAAUGUUUUGCAUAACAUAUUUCAGUUGUUGUUUGAAUGUAAAUGAUUUGUAAAGUUAUUGUAAAGUAGAAUUUUUACAAAAUGAUUUCAAAAUAAA